AUGACGCGAUUCAAGACAAAGUCUAAUGGCUACGGCGUACAGGUUGAGGAUACUCAAAUCUGCGUGGUAAUGGUUGGUCUCCCUGCAAGAGGAAAAUCUCUCAUUGCACAAAAAGCUCAACGUUACCUCAAAUGGCUCUCGAUCGAUGCUCAAGUCUUCAAUGUCGGCAACUAUCGUCGAAACGCAACUCCCAACCCUACAGCCGAUUUCUUCGAUACGAGCAAUACUGAGGGCGAACGUAUGCGCAGAGCUGCCGCCGAAGCUGCUGUCAAUGACAUGCUUGAUUGGUUUAAGAAUAAGCAGGGAAUUGUUGCCAUUCUCGAUGCUACAAAUAGUACAAAAGAGCGCCGUAGAUGGAUCAAAGAUCGUUGUGAUGCCGAAGGGAUCGAGACCCUUUUUGUCGAAUCAAAAUGUGACGACGAGGACUUGAUAAUGUCAAACAUUCUAGAAGUAAAAACGACAUCCCCAGACUACGCUGGUUCAGACCCGGAGAAAGCCGCCCAAGACUUUAGAAAUAGGAUCAAGAACUACGAGAAGGUCUAUGAGACAAUUGACGAUGAUGAGAGUGAUCUCACCUAUCUGAAGAUUAUGAACGUCGGAAAACAAGUCAUCAUCAAUCGAAUUCAAGACUAUCUUCAAAGUCGUGUGGUCUAUUACUUGAUGAAUUUGCACAUUAAGCCGAGAUCUAUUUGGUUGUCACGACAUGGAGAGUCGAUGUACAACCUUGAGGGAAAGAUUGGUGGUGAUGCCGAGUUAUCUCCUCGCGGGGAGAUGUAUGCCAAGAAAUUACCUGCAUUGGUUCUAGAAUCAGUAGGGGACAAUCGCCCAUUGACUGUCUGGACUUCAACCCUUCGUCGCACCAUCGCCACAGCUCGUCACCUUCCUAAUGAAUAUAAUCAGCUUCAAUGGAAGGCUCUGGAUGAACUAAACUCUGGGGUUUGUGAUGGACUUACUUAUCAAGAUAUCAAGGAGCAAUACCCAGAUGACUUUGAGGCCCGUGAUGAGGAUAAAUACAAUUACAGAUACCGCGGUGGAGAAUCUUAUCGUGAUGUUGUUAUUCGACUAGAACCUAUUAUCAUGGAAUUAGAGCGAUCAGAGGAUAUUUUGAUUGUUACCCAUCAAGCUGUUCUUCGUUGUAUCUACGCUUACUUCAUGAAGAAGCCUCAAGAUGAAUCACCAUGGAUGGCCGUACCUCUCCAUACCCUCAUUAAGCUCACCCCUCGUGCUUAUGGUACACAAGAAGUCCGUUAUGAUGCACAAAUCCCUGCUGUCAGUACUUGGCGUGGUAAAGGUAGUGUUGCGAAGCAUGAAGACCCUGUUCCAGACACUACAACUACUGUUGACGAUAAAUAA